GGUUAGGGGGCGGGGCGAGGCACCGAAUAGAAGCUAGAGGAACCGCCAUGGCCCGGGUGCUAGUUGUGGGCGCGGGGCUCACAGGCGGCCUAUGCGCAGCACUGCUGAAGCAGAAGUACUCCGUGAGCGUGACGGUGUGGGAGCAGGCGCGUGGCUUAGGGGGAAGAAUGAACACGACCUGCAGCGCCCACAGCCCACGGUGCACAGCUGACCUGGGUGCCCAGUACAUCACACGCACGCCCCGCUAUGCCCAGCUCCAUGCGAGUUUUUAUGAGGAGCUCUUAGCACAAGGUGUUCUGAAGCCACUCACCUCUCCCAUAGAAGGACUAAUGGCAAAAGAAGAGGACAGUCACUUCAUGGCACCUCAAGGAAUCUCUUCAGUCGUCAGACACUAUUUCGAAAAAUCAGGUGUGGAAGUCUCAUUUGGCCACUAUGUAACAGAAAUAUAUCUUAAAGAUGACAAGUGGGAAGUCUGCAAGGAGGCGGGAGACUCUGAGCAGUUUGACAUCAUCAUCCUCACGAUGCCCAUCCCCCAGAUCCUUCAACUCCAGGGCGACAUCAAGAACCUGAUGAGCGAAAGUCAGAAGCAACAACUGAGGUCGGUGCGCUAUUCCUGCCGCUUCGCUUUGGGCCUCUUCUAUGAAGCCGGCACGCAGAUCGACGUCCCCUGGGCCGCCCAGUACCUGCCCAACAACCCCAGCGUGUGCUUCCUCUCCAUCGACAACAGGAAGCGAGACACAGAUGCAGCCGACUCCGGCCCCUCCGUGGUUGUCCACACCACAGUGUCCUUUGGAAAGGAGAACGAGGACAAAAGCCUGGAGGCUGUGCAGGAAGCGAUUCUGCAGCAAGUGAGUGGCCUCCUGCCAGGCCUGCCCACGCCAGCCAGCGCCACGUGCCACAGGUGGACUUACUCACAGGUGACACAGGCCAUCCCUGACUGCCCGGGACAAAUGACUCUUCACCGUACGCCCUUGCUCAUAUGUGGAGGUGAUGGUUUCACACGGUCCAACUUUGAUGGGUGCCUGGAAUCUGCUCUGUGCAUCAUGGAGGCCCUAAAACCUCAUCUCUAGGGCCUUGAUUCAUUUUGGCUUUGGUGUUCUCCAAGAGAUCUGAACCCCCUCUUUGUUUCUCAGAAUAUGUUCUUCCAGGAAAGUUGUCCUUCCUUUUGCCAAAUGCCCGUUUGCCAUAUUGAAUAGGAGAUGGCACAAGGAUGUUGUAGGGAAACUCCUCCCACCUUUUAGGUGGCAUCCCUUCUGGCAGUGACCGGGCAACGGGGGGAAACAGAGGCCUCAGAGCAGGUCAGGUCUCUUCAGAGCCAGGGGGUCAUUUGGAACGGGAAGAAGGAAAUCCUUAGCAGGAAUUCCUUCUGGUCCCGGACUAGCUCUUUGCAACAUUCUACCUUAGAAGCCCCUGAGCCCCGGUCUGUGCCCCCUUGGGCAGAGGUUUUAGUUGCUUUUCUUGCCCAUUAUGACAUGGUAUCACUUAGCAAGCCUGUUUGGGGUGGGGGCGGAGAAGCCUUUCUUACUUGUCUCUCCGUGACUUGCUUGGAGAGUGUAGCUCAAACUGCAACAGCUUUUUCUUCGACUCUUGGAACAACCAAUAGAGACGUGCUGAAUUUCAGUUUAGUUCUUCAAGUCUCACAAAAAUUUAGCCUGGGAAAUACUGAAACUUGACUAUAAAAUGAAAAAACACGAAAAGAAAA